AUGAGGACGGAGGAGAAAGAAGAAGGGGAAGAAGAACAAUGGCGAUCAGUUCACGAGGUUUUAUUGAUUGUUCUUCCUUACCUUCAUUCUCUGUUCGAGCUUCUCUCGAUGACUCGCGUUUCCCGGUCUUUCAGAGAUGCGAUUCGAGAUGAAACCGCGUUAUGGACAAACGUCGUUGUUGAACCACCGUUGAGCUCUCGUCUAACCGAUGAGACUCUAUGGGAUAUUACUUCCAAAUCCGCCGGGAAAUUGAAGACUCUGGUUCUCCGGCAAUGUCUUCGAGUCACCGACAAGGGGCUUCGACGUGUGGUGGACGCGAAUCCUCUUAUCCGAAAGAUAAUUGUGCCGGGAUGCACGGAGUUAACUCCAGAAGGAAUCAUGGGAUGUGUUGAAAGCUUGACGAAGAACAAUCAUAACGUGGAGACACUUCACAUCAAUGGCGUCCAUGGCUUCACCAAACACCAUCUUUCAUCACUUUCGAAUUACCUUCCUCAGAAGGGAGCAAUCGACGUCGAGGUCUGCCCUAAAUGCGAAGAAGUCAUGAUGAUUCCGGAUUGUUCAAGACGAUCAUGUAAUCAUAAGCAAACGAGUGAACGCAAGUGCAGGGGAUGCCGCUUCUGCGUCCCAAGAUGCGUGGAGUGCUCAGUGUGCCUUGGACCAGACACUGAGAUCCAAGAAGCAGCGUGCGGUGGCGACGUCCUGUGUCUUGAGUGUUGGCUUGUGCUCCCCAAGUGCAGGUUCUGCAAUAAACCCUAUUGCACAAGUCACAGCAGCCUGCGACAUGAGAUUGCAGGCACUGAUGCUGCGUCUCGGCCUAUGUUUGAAUGCCAAGCUUGUUACUAUAGGGCAGGUACAAACCCAUAUGACGCUUUCGAUUAUCAAAUCUAA